UCUUGUUGAGAGGGUAAACUAAAUUGAUUUAAAAAGUGAGAUGUACUGUAAUCUACGGUAAUUUCGUACUGUAAUACACUCAACAGAUACGACUGUUUCCUCGCUCCCCGUUCUUCGCGCCUGCGCUUUUGUUUUAGAUUAUUUUUGUUGUGUUUUUAUUUCACCACGCUGUGUGUCUGUUCGUGCUUAUGCUGCUGUUAUGUGUCGCUUAGUAAGGAACAAUUUCACAAAGUCGCCGCACGAGUAGCCAGCCGAAGCUUGUUACUAGCUAGCGGGCGCUACUCGACACAGUAGGUGUCGUAAGAGACGUGCGAAAAUCCACAGCCAAGCGAAACUUUUUGGGACCGCGGUUGAUUAUUGGUGUUGCUAUUAUUCAAUGUGUUUUGAUCGUGCGAAAGAUAUUAAUUUUGCCUCGCUAACUGCGAUGAAAACCCGUUUAUUUUGAGACUUGGUAAUAUACAUACGGUGCCUUCAUGGGCUGUAAAGAGAAGGAGAAGACGAGAAGAGAAUAAGUUAAAAAAUGGGAAAAACAAUGUGUUUUUUUUUAAAGCCCAAGUGCCUGUUAUGGGUUGAUUUGAUGUAAUUACAUUUAGGAAUGAUAAAUGUUACUUUAAUACCAGUAUAGUUAAUAAAGAUAAAAAACGUCAACUGGUCCCUGGGAAUUCCAUUAUUUCCUAUGGAAAGUUUGUUGUGAAAUCCGAGUCAGAGGUUACACUGUACACGGGAAAUGAGUCCGAUCCAUUUUUUUCUUUGACAAAGUAGAAUGGACUUGGGUCAUUGCCUUAUCUGACAUCUCGAUUUAAGAAGCGUUACCUCAACCCUUUAUCCUCCUUUCUUGCCCUGCUCCCGUUAGAUGGGUGAAAACAACAUGGUAGGGUGGAAAAAAUUACCUUUACAACACAUGCUACUCAAAUGUUAAUUUUCCAAAUUGGUUAAAAUCUGAAGUUUCGUUUUCGGGCGUUUCGUGUGUUUUCAGGUUUUUAUACGCAGUCUGUGCAUGUUUGUAGAAAACAAAUAUGAGAAAAGUGUGAAAUCACUCAGGGAGCUGUAAACUGUCAUUGUAACGACUUUUUCAAUGAAUGCUCAUGAUGAUAGUUAUCAGGUUUUCUGAGACAGUUCAAAGGCCUGCUGUGGGAAUGAGCCCAUGGGACUUAUGGGACGUGGCUGUGGGCCUGUCUGGACACAUCAAACCCACUCCCUCCCCUCCUAACUGGAGUGGUCUGAGGAGCGAUCCCGCUGCAUCUGACCAGCUGUCCUCAUGUGUCCAGAAGAAGAAAGCUUCUGUUCUUUUGUUCUCAUGGAGUGAAAGCCAAACACACUGACUGACAUGUUUGUCUAACACUUCCCCUGUCCAUUUCCAGAGGAUACAAGGAAUGAGGAAGAUCUGGAGAUGAAGAGGGAACGUUGAUUCAUGAGGAGGACAAGAGCACGAGGUGAACAAUGAAGACUUUGGCAAAAGUACAAGGGAGGACGGAACAACUGAAGCGACACAAGGUUGAAAAAAUUUCAGAAAGCAGCAAACAGAAACUGUUGACUGACAGCAAUCAACAUACCAAGAUGGAGUUCAAGUGGGCCAGGAGGUUCAGCGUGGCUGCAGGAUGGAAAGAGUCGUACUCCGUGGCUACCGUCGACAGCACCAUUAACCUGGCGCUGGGCUCGGCGCCCCACCGGGCCUCAGGCAGCUCCAGCCCGGGCUCUGGAAGAUCACGGCACCCCGUCAGCGCCUUGAAGAAGUGGCUCACCAGCCCAGUCCGGAAGCUGAGCUCCGACGCCGGGGGAGGAAUGGCGCGGGUCGACAAGCAGAUGUGCAGGAGACAGCCGUCACUCCUUUCCCACAGCGGAGUUCAGCCGAGGCCUUUGGACCUGUAUGAUAGCGACUUCAUGAUCAUCCCCUCGACAGAUGCGGCAUGGAAUGAUAGGCUUUUGAGUCGUGAAGCUUCAUCGUCUUCUCUGCAGCCUUCCCAUGAGGGUGACUUAUUGGACCUCCUGCCUGACGGAGAAACACAAAGUCUUAGCCAUAAAUCCAGUGUCAACACUCUCCAAGAUGAGGACAACAGCUGCAAUGUGAUCGAAGAUGCUGGCAGCCAGUUGUCGGUGGCUGUGGACAGCGAGGAAGAAAGAAACAUUGCCUUUGAGAAGAGCUUGUAUGUGCUGACAGAGUUGCUAGAGACUGAAAGGUUGUAUGUGGAAGACCUUGGACUUGUUGUAGAGGGCUAUAUGGCAACCAUGACCAAUCAGGGCGUUCCAGAAGACCUUAAAGGGAAAGACAGGAUUGUUUUCGGAAACAUCCAUCAGAUCUACGACUGGCAUAAAAGUUACUUCCUGGGUGAGCUGGAGAAAUGUGUGGCUGAACCGGACACCUUAGCCCAGCUGUUCAUCAAGCAUGAGCGUCGUCUUCACAUGUAUGUGGUCUACUGCCAGAACAAGCCCAAAUCAGAGCACGUUGUCUCCGAGUACAUCGAGACCUUCUUUGAGGAUCUCAGGCAGCAGUUGGGUCACAGGCUGCAGCUCAAUGAUCUGCUGAUCAAACCCGUCCAACGGAUUAUGAAGUACCAGCUUCUGCUCAAGGACUUCCUAAAGUAUUACAGCAAAGCAGGACGUGAUGUCGAGCAACUCCAGAGGGCAGUGGAGGUCACAUGUUUUGUGCCGAAACGAUGCAACGACAUGAUGAACGUGGGCAGGCUGCAAGGCUUUGUGGGGAAAAUCACAGCUCAGGGGAAGCUCCUCCAGCAGGAUACCUUCUCUGUGAGCGAGCAGGAAGGCUGCAUGUUGUCCAGACCCAAGGAGAGGAGGGUCUUCCUGUUUGAGCAGCUGGUCAUCUUCAGUGAGCCAAUCGAUAAGAAAAAGGGAUUUUCUUUACCUGGCUAUAAUUUUAAAAAUAGCAUCAAGGUCAGCUGCUUGGGCGUGGAGCAGAAUUCCAGUGAGGGCCCGUGCUCUCUUGUACUGACGUCGCGCGGGACAAACGGCAGUGUGACUCGCUUCGUCAUGCAGGCAUCCUCUUCGGAAAUACAACAAGCUUGGCUCGGUGACAUUGUGCAGAUUUUAGAGACUCAAAGGAACUUCCUCAAUGCCCUGCAGUCUCCUAUUGAGUACCAACGAAGGGAGAGCAAAUCAAACAGCCUCGGCAGGAACAUGAAGUCUCCAAGUGGCCUGCAGUCUUAUUUGUCAUCAUCGAUUGGCCACCACCAGCAGCUGGGCCUGCUGUCUUACAACACCUCCCUUCCGUCGCUGCAUCCGCCCCACCACAGCCCGGCUGCAAAAGCAGCCUCGAACCCUUGUGCCAUGACACGUCAAGCAGCCCACCUUCAGCUCUCAUCACAGCCACAGCUCACUUUAUGUCCGGAAAUGACAGGAAACCACGGCACGGAUAUUUCUCUGCCACCCCGCAGCCAGCACAGCUUGCAGGUCGUGACUGCUGCUUUCCAGGCAGCCAUUCUUCAUGACAGUGAAACUUAAGCGCAUCAGCCAAAAACAGCAGCAUAUGAAUAGAACCGGAUGAGGAGCAUGUCGAAAGCCCGUCUUUAUCACGCAUUGUACCUUUUGAAUGCCAUUCAAAGACAUUUGGAUUUCCUGCAUGCACAUGGCAGCAUGUUGAGAUGAGAACUAUUAUUAAAGCACAUACUUCAUGGAAUAUAGACUUCCUACUUUUUCCAUGGAAAUGUCUGUUAUUUUUGUAAUGCAUCAUUUUUCACAUGGGGAUCAAUUCUACGUUAUUCCUCCAAGUGACACCACAAGUCUCCGUCCUCAAAUGAAUUAACAGUUUAUUUGUACCUUGCAAUUUAGCAUUAUACCAAUGUUGACAUUUUGGUGGGCGGUUUAAGCGCAGCUAUUGUUAGCUUGUUUUCGGAACCAAACACAUUUCUGCUUGUGUCACUGUGCAGAGAGUAGAGAAAGGGAGUGCUCGCCUGUGCGUCUCAGUUAUAAAUGCAGUUGGUCGUUGCUUUCUGUGCUUGGCUUUGUGUUGUAAAUAAAAUUGAUCAGCGAAAGGAAACAUUUCUCCUAAUGAUCCUGCUUUGCAAAGUGGACAACCGACACCUCUGUCUGUCCUGCCUGUAAUAAGUUAAUAUUAAUAAUUAAAGAAUGCAAUGUGCACGUAUUUAGUUUUUAUGUGAAGGGAUUCACCUCUCAGGUGUACAAUAUGCAUUCCUGUAACUAACAAAAUGUCUGUCCAUCAAAUAGUGAGUAAUUUGAUUUUGUUAAAUUAUUUAAAUACAGUAAUUAACCUGUACAACAUGCAUUUUAAAAAUGAUUAGCCACUUCCCACUUCCAGGGUGUUUAUCUGUAGACUUUGUGACAGUAAUGAAUUACUGUACAGUUAUAUAAGCUUUAAGAUGGCAACCGCCUGGAACGGAUUAAUUUCAUUUCCACUUGGAUGCAUUGUUUCAUAUAAUGGUAGGUAGGACUAUCACCCCAAGUAUACAUUGCCCUCUAGUGGGGAUAACGUGGAGUAUUACAAAAGUGUUGAAAAUAUGGGACACUUUUCAAUAAUCAAUAUGAUAGGGUUUUAAUUUAACAUUAAAACUGGGAAACACAUUCGAUUAAAAAAUGUGAAUGUGAAUCAAACCUUUGAUUUUCCUCAACACUCUUAUGUUUGCAUACUGUUUUUUUUUCUUGGACAUACAUUAGUAACAUGUCACAGCACUUGGAAACUUGAGUAUUCAUAACGACGCCGUUUCAAUGGUAAAAAAAAAACAGUAUUAAUCCAGUGGAAAAAAAGGAGCAAGAAUAAAGUCAUCAAGUUAUUAGAAUCAAACGCAGUAUAAUAAUAUAACCAACAUACUGUUAAGUCAUAUCUUAUAACUGAAAAUAUAGCAAAUAAUUCUGAUCUGGCGAUGAAAAGUUCUCAUCGAUACCGACUACCGAAACCACUAGUACCUUUAGUGCAUAAAAUGUUAAUUAACAAGAUGACCGUUAUUUGUGAAUAAAGACCCGUCUUUCUUUCUGAUACACAUGAUGAUUCGGCGUGUCAUACCUCCACAGUGUAGCGUCAACUACUGGCAAGGAAGACUUAACUUGACUUUUUUUUUUUUUUUUGGUCAUGAUUAUUGAUGGACGAUAUUCGCAAUCUUCACAAGUAAGAAAUACCUUGAAAUAAGUCCGGUAUUGACUUGAAACUAUUACCUGCUACCUCUAAAAUAUAUGAAGAAAUAGAUGUGGAUUAACCAAUUAAUGCAACAAAUAUGACAGUAAAUGUCCAGGGGGCCAAUUUAAAGAUUGAAGUAUGCAAAACUUUGCCCACCUGUGACUUGAAAUGUAACUCUUACAUUAUUAGUACUUAUUGUAAUGUACGUAUAACAGUACGACUUUAUGAACGUAAUAUUUUUUUUCACUGUGCCUCUAAUAUUCCGUUGUAGUAUCACCUGCUCAGAUGACAGCUUUUUCCAUAUGAAACUGAUACUUCGACAAUUAAAUAAAUUGGAUUAAGGUCAACUGAGUU